CGUAUUUUUUAUCUGUGUUAAAAAUACGAACGAAUUGUAUAAAAUAAACAAAGUUGGCUUGAAUCCACUGCGAAGAAUAGAUGCUUUUUAUGGACUCUUGUCAUUUUAGUCCUUUUUGCUGAGUUUACUUACCUAUUCUGAAAAUAGAUAACUUGACUUUCUGUUAACUAAAACGGAUUUAGUUUUUGUUUUGUUAGCAAUGUGCUUUUGCAUUAAAUCAUAAUAAUGCCAGAUACAUUUGCCAUUGUUUCAAGUCUCUUGAGCUUGCUUUUUAUAUUGACGGUUUGUGUUGGACAGGAAUACAGCUCGACUGGAAGACAGACAGUUUCACUUCCAGUGGGAACUAUAUUUCCAAAAAGCAUACCCGAAGUCGAAUCAGUUUUCAAGUUUGUUCUCCGAAAUUAUAACUCUCGAGCUCUGUCAACAGGAAAUGUUUUCGGUUUCAAUUCUCCCGUUCUGCGAUUUCAAGCUUACCUACAAAACGCACAGCCCAACGACAGCUACGGUUUGGUGAAAGAAUUUUGCAAUCACAUCACGCAAGAAGCGUUUGUGGUACUUGGAAGAUUUGAACAGAACACUGAAAAUGUUGCCAAACGUUAUUCAGAAUCAUUCAAUAUUCCAUGGAUCUCGACCGGAACGACACUGCCAGAUCAAUCCGAAUAUAUAACGUCGUUGUACCCUCCACUUUCUCCAGCUUUACUUUCCCUGACAAACAAGUGGAAUUGCAAGCAUAUCACUUAUUUCUAUGACAUAACAGAAAUUCAUUUAGGCCUGAACCAGCUACUCGAUUAUUCACUGGAAUAUAAGUUCAGUGUGAAAGUGCGAAAUAUGAAAGGAAAUCAAAAUAUUUUGCCGCAUUUGAGAGAAAUUGCUACUUCUGAAGAACACGUCCUUGUAUUUGACGUCACAAAAAAAUUAUCGAUAGCAAUUUUAAAUCAGCUAGAUUCUAUUGGAAUGCUGACUCCAGAAUAUCAAUACAUAUUCACGGAUUUGGCAUUGGCUGAGGAAGAUUUGAUACGAUACACAACAGCUGGAGCAAAUAUAACAUUAUUUUCAAUAACCAAUAAACAAACUCGGGAAUUUCAAACCUUUCUUAUAAAUUAUAAGAAAACCACAGGACUUAGUUCAAAUACUUACGAAGGUGCUCUGAUUUACGACGCUUUCAAGCUUUUGUAUAUUGGAAUGAAGUCGAUGUUGAACGACGGAUAUCCUGCACAAAAUUUUAUCAAAGGCAAUCUGAAUAAACGUCGCUGUCGAGAAUUACCUUCAAAGGCAUUCCAAACUGGAAUGGACAUAAAUCAAGCAUUCAAAAAGACGAAAUUUCAAGGUGUCACCGGUCAAGUACAAUUCGACAAAUACGGACAGAGAGUAAAUUAUACGAUACGAAUAUUAUCAGUAGAAAGAACUGGGAUUCAAUCGACUGGAUACUGGAAACACGACAUAACAUCAAAUAAAACUCUUGGUUUUAUUUAUCUUAACAGAACCUUGGAUCAUGACAAAAUAUUGCAGAAGUACAUGAACCAAACUAUAAUUGUAACAACGAUUUUGGAGGAACCAUACGUUUCACUUAAAAAAGAAUGGAAAUCAUUCCAAGGAAACGAAAGAUAUGAAGGAUUUUGCGUCGAUUUAUUAAACGAAAUUAGCAAGAUCGUCCCGAUGCAAUACAAACUACGACCUGUGUUAGAUGGACAAUAUGGAAGUAAAAACGAAGAAACUGGAAUUUGGAAUGGAAUGAUUGGGGAAGUAAAGUAUAACGUGGCUCAUAUGGCAGUAGCACCUCUCACAAUUACUUCUGCGAGAGAAGCAGUUGUUGAUUUUACAAAACCAUUCAUGUCACUAGGAAUCAGUAUCAUGAUAAAGAAACCAGAGAAAGAAAAACCUCAUAUUUUCAGUUUUCUUGAACCGCUUGCGCCUGAAAUCUGGAUUUGCAUUGUGUUUGCAUACAUUGGUGUUAGCGUUGUAAUAUUCAUCAUCUCAAGAUUUAGUCCGUAUGAAUGGCACAGAGCAAGUGUUUUGAGAACUAACGACGAAGAGGAAAUCGAAAAGUCGGCUGAUUUUGGAAUUUUCAAUAGUUUCUGGUUUUCUCUUGGUGCCAUCAUGCAACAAGGAGCUGACAUUUCCCCGAAGUCUUUUUCUGGUCGCCUUGUUGGAGGUGUUUGGUGGUUUUUCACAUUGAUUAUUGUGUCGUCAUACACUGCUAAUUUGGCAGCUUUUCUAACUGUUGAACGAAUGGGAACAACGAUCAAAGGUGCUGAAGAUUUAGCGUCACAAACAGAAAUUCAAUACGGUACUCUGGCCUCUGGCUCAACAGCUAGUUUUUUUAAGAACACUCCAAUUGCCCUGUAUGAAAAAAUGUGGAAUUAUAUGAAGAACAAAGAACCUUCUGUAUUUGUGAAAAACAAUAAAGAAGGAAUCGAUCGAGUUAGGAACAGUGAUGGUAAAUACGCAUUUUUGAUGGAGUCAACUCAAAACGACUACAUGGCACAACGAAAGCCUUGCAAUACAAUGAAAGUUGGAUCGAAUAUCGAUAACAAAGGAUAUGGCAUUGCGUUACCAAAAGGAUCGCCGAUAUAUGAUUCCAUAAAUUUGGCAAUCUUAAUUUUGCAAGAGAGGGGGAACCUUCAAAAAUUGAAAAAAUUUUGGUGGUAUGACAAAAGUCAAUGUACAGACGCGGCACAGUCAAAAUCGGAUAAGACCUCUGAACUGGGCCUGGCGAAUGUUGCUGGAGUGUUUUAUGUACUUUUGGGUGGAAUUGUUUUUGCUUUAUUUGUUGCAUUGUUGGAAUAUGCUUACAAAGUUGCAAAACUGACUGCGAACAAAAAGAACAAGUUGAAAGCAAAAUGUAAUAAUUGUAUGCAUCUACUAACACGUUCUGCAUCUUCCAAAUCGUUCGCGUCCGAAGGAUCCACGUCAUGAAGAAAAUAGAAAA